UAGACUUGGUACUAUAUCGGCCAUGUACCUGUCAAUCUUUGUCAAUGAGAAUGUUUUUUUUUUUUUUUGCAUAUUGACAGUGACACACACAACUAAAGGCAAACAAGGAAGUCAUUCCCAAGUUGUAACUUAAGAAACACUGAAUUCAGAGCAAACGAAACUGAAAGAAAAGUGUUGCUUAAGGGGUUCCAGAAGGAACAGAAGAGUUUGUCGUGCUCAGGAAGAAUGGCAGAGGCGAUUUCAAAUAAGCAGGAGCUUUUUACCUGUUCGAUUUGUUUGGAUCUACUGAAGGAUCCAGUGACUCUGAACUGUGGACACAAUUACUGCACGGUCUGCAUUAAGGACUGCUGGGAUCAUCAGGAAGAUCAGAAGGGAGUUUACAGCUGCCCACAAUGCAAACAGACUUUCACCCCGAGACCUACAUUACAUAAAAAUAAUGUUGUUGCUGAGCUUGUGGAACAGUUAAGGAAGACCAGGAUUCAAGAUGCUGCUUCUCCUCAGAGUUUUGCUGGACCUGGAGAUGUGGAGUGUGACAGCUGUACCGGGAGAAAACUCAAAGCCGUCAAGUCCUGCUUGGUGUGUUUGGUGUCGUACUGUGAGACUCAUCUCCAGCGCCAUGAUGAUCUAAUCACAGGAAAAAGACACAACGUGGUUGAUGUCACAGGUCAGCUACAGGACAAGAUCUGCACCCAACAUCAGAAGCUCCUGGAGGUAUUUUGUCGCACGGAUCAGAGUUGUGUUUGUUUGCUCUGUCUGAUGGAUGAACACAAAGGCCAUGACACUGUAUCAGCUGCAACUGAGAGAACGGAGAAACAGAUGGAGUUGGGGGAGAACAAGAGGAGACUCCAGCAGAGACUCCAAGAGAGAGAGAAGGAGUUGCAGGACCUGAGGAAAGCUGUGGAGACUCUCAAGAGCUCUGCACAGACAGCAGUGGAGGACAGUGAGAGGAUCUUCACUGAGAUGAUCCGCUCCAUUGAAAGAAGGCGCUCUGAGGUGAAAGAGCUGAUCAGAGCUCAGGAGAAGGCUGAGUUGAGGCAGGCUGAAGGACUUCAGAAACAACUGGAGCAGGAGAUUGCUGAGCUGAAGAGGAGAGAUGCUGACCUGGAGCAGCUUUCACACACAGAGGACCACAUCCAUUUCCUCAAGACUUUUAAGUCAGUCAGUGACCCACCUCAAUCUAAAGAUCUAUCAGGAAUCACUGUCAACAAAAGCAAAACAUUUGAGACGGUGAAGACAUCUGUCUUGAAACUGAAAGAGCAGCUGAGAGAUAUCUGCAAGCAGGAAAUCAUGAGGAUCUAUGUAGCAGUGAAGAGUAUGGUGAUAGUAAAUGUUGAGAGCACCAACAAAGACUCUAAGAAGACCAAUGCCAACGUGGGCUUUAAGUUUGAUGCCAGCCACUUGACUUUCAACACAGCAAGCACAGCAUCUCCCACUGAUGCCAGUACUGCACCUUCUAAUGAUCCUGCUCAUGCAGUUGCCAACUUCACCUCCAUCACCUCCACCUCUUCAACCGGGCCCCUGAUCUUUGGGAAUCUCCCUGUGACUGAGCCAACCACCUUGGCUCCCUCCGGUCCCCCUGAGAAUAAGGCACUGGCAUUGCCCACAGCUGGGUUCUCAUUUGGGACUGAACCCAUCUUCACCUUCUCUUCAGGAACCACCACUGCUGCUGGCCCUGUGGGCUUCUCUUUCAGCAAGCCUGAAGCAGCUGUUGAACCCGAACCUGUUUUCAUCUUCGGCAAACCUGCAGAAAAGAGUGAGGCAGUGGCCUACUUCACAUUUGGCCUGAGAAGCACAGUGUCUGAUGUCCAGGCUGAUUUUACUGAGCCAGUAACCAGAGAGGAGUUCUUAAAAAACUCCUGUCACUUCACACUGGAUCAAAACACAGCACUCAGAAACCUCCAUCUGUCUGAGGGGAACAGAAGGGUGGAGUGGAUAGCUGAGUGCCAGUCAUAUCCUGAUCACCCAGAGAGAUUUGAUGAGUAUUGUCAGGUGCUGUGUAGAGAGAGUGUGUCUGGACGCUGCUACUGGGAAGUUGAGUGGAGUGGGUGGGUUUAUAUAGCAGUCUCAUAUAAAAGCAUCAGCAGGAAAGGAGUGGGUCAUGAGUGUGGGUUUGGAUAUAAUGAUAAGUCCUGGGGUCUGUACACCUCCAGCUCCUUUUUUAGGCACAAUAAUAAGCAGACUAAACUCCCUCUAGUGGCCAGCUCCAGAAUAGGAGUGUAUGUGGAUCACAGGGCAGGAGCUCUGGCCUUCUACAACAUCUCUGACACAAUGACACUUCUGCACAGAGUGCAGACCAUAUUCACUCACAAACUCUACCCUGGGUUUGGGCUUGGCCCCUAUUCAUCAGUAAAGCUGUUAUGACAGAUAUAUAUAUAUACGCUGUUAAAAUACAUCUCACACAUCACCCACAUGUAAGGAUGCCAGUGAGUGUGAGAAUCUUUGAUUUCUUGGGUAAAGCAACAGAGGUCACAGCUCUUUAGAGUGCUGCAAAAAGUUCCAUUCAUUAAUGGGUCCUCCCAACGUUUGGAGAUCUGUUAAAUCUAUGUAAUUACCGCUGCAAAAUAUAUAAUGACUGCUGUAAAUGGCAACAGGUUUUGUGCUUUUGAUUCACAUCUUUCAUAUCAUUCCACAAGAAGUCUGUUUGCUUAUUGCAAUGGAAUUUCAUUGAAAGUGCAAGUCAGCUAGUAAGACGUUGCCACGCAACACCUGACACAGUCAAGUUCUAUCUGUGUGGAGGGAAAAUAAAAAGGCAGGAAGUGCAGACCAAAUAAGGUGAAGGGCGGAAACAAAGUCACAAGACAGCAGACAGGUACAUACAGACCACAUGGAUAAAACAACAAGCACAUAAACAUAGAUUAUACAAAAUAGCCACCAGGGUGGCCCAAAGGCAGAUCAAAUUCUGGUACUUCAGGCAGGAUCCUGACACAGUUUAACACUCAGACAUUAUUACUCGGUAUGAUUUUAAAGGGCUGUUAAUCACCUUUCUACUUUUCUUUUCCAAAAAUAUACAGAAUAUUGUCAAAAUGUCAGUUAAGUAAUGUAU